GUUUCUAAUGUGCAGGCGCGGGCUGCACGGCUGUGCUGGGCCCCCCCGGCAGGGCUGGGGAACAGGUUAAGCAACGGGAUGACUGUGUCCUGCUCCUUCGAGGUCUCUCUCUCAGAUAAGGGACGAGAUGGAAAGUUUCGCCUUAUAUACAGUGGCGAAGAAAUGGAGUACCACCUGAAAGACCUAAGACCAGCGUCAGACUACCACGUACGGGUGUCGGCAAUGUACAACUUGGUUCGAGGCUCGUGUUCAGAGACCGGCUCGUUCACCACUCACUGCAGCAUCCCCGAUGUCCCGCUGAGCCCGAAACUCUCCCACCGCACCAAGAGCACCCUCACCCUACAGUGGAAGCCCCCGGGCGACAACGGAGCCAAAAUUACAAACUACCUGCUCGAGUGGGACGAGGGAAAGAAGAACAGUGUUUUCAGAGAAUGUUACUUUGGGAGCCAGAGACACUAUAAGGUUUCACGACUGUUUCCCGCCUGCGGCUACACGUUCAGAGUGGCUGCACGCAACGACAUUGGCACAAGUGGUUUCAGCACAGAGGUGGUGUUCUACACCAUGGGCACCCUGCCUGCUCUGCCUCUGGCACCGCGGCUGGUCAGGGCGGGGGUGUCCUGGGUGACCCUGGAGUGGGGGCGUCCUGAGGGCAGUCCGAGCGAGGAGCAACUCAAAUACACACUCGAGAUCCAGGAGGACAACAGCGGAACAGACUUUCAUCCUAAGUACACUGGAGAAAACUUGACCUGUACUGUACAAGGACUGAAGAGGAGUACACAGUAUAAAUUCAGGCUCAUAGCAUCAAACAUGGAGGGAAAGAGCAGUCCCAGUGAAGUGUUGGUGUGCACCACCAAUCCAGACAAACCAGGCCCUCCAUCUACCCCCUGUGUCACCGCAGAAACCCCCUACGGAUUCACCAUCACAUGGGAUCCUCCCCAGGACACCGGAGGCUCAGAGGCUCUAACAUACCUGCUAGAGAUCUCCGAGGGAUGCUCUGAAG